AUGUGCCCCAGGCUCCCGAGGACUGCCUGCGUGCUGCGACUCAUUGCCCUCUGCAUACUCCUGUCACAAACGUCAGCCUAUUUCGGGUUGACAGGUAGGGAGCCACUGGUGUUUUUACCUGCACCGCUAUCAAACGAGGCUCCUUCGGGUAAAGCUCACCUCAAGCAAUGUGAGCAGCUGACCCUGACCCGCCGACAGAAGCGCCUUUGCCGCCGAGAGCCGGGCCUGGCCGAAACCUUGCGGGAGUCUGUACGCCUCAGCCUCCUGGAGUGUCGGUACCAGUUUCGAAACGAGCGAUGGAACUGUAGCCUGGACGGUCGAGGCAGUCUGUUAAAGCGAGGGUUCAAGGAGACUGCGUUUCUGCUGGCGGUGUCAUCCGCAGCUCUGACCCACGCGCUGGCGAAAGCUUGCAGCUCUGGCCGGAUGGAACGUUGCACGUGUGACGAUUCACCGGACUUGCAGCACCGUGAGGCUUGGCAGUGGGGCAUCUGUGGUGACAACCUCAAGUACAGCACAAAGUUCCUCAAGAAUUUCUUGGGGCAGAAGCGUGUCAGCAAGGACUUGAGAGCACAGAUUGACUUGCACAACAUCAACGUGGGAGUUCGGGCGGUGAAGAGCGGAUUGAAGACCACCUGUAAGUGCCAUGGCGUGUCAGGCUCCUGCGCGGUGCGGACUUGCUGGAAGCAGCUCUCCCCCUUCCACGACACGGGCCGGCUCCUCAAGUUCCGCUACGACUCCGCAGUGCGUGUGCUGAGCGUCACCAACGCCGCCACGGGGGAGGCAGAGCUGGCGGGGCCACGACGCCACGGCAACGGUCACGGCCACAGCCCUCGGCCCACCGACCUGGUCUACCUGGAGGAUUCGCCCAGCUUCUGCAGGCCCUCGCGCUAUUCCCCUGGGACGGCGGGACGCCCCUGUGCCAAAGACACCAGCUGUCAGAGCCUGUGCUGCGGGCGUGGCUACAACACCGCCCUGCGGCACACCACCCUCUCAUGCCACUGCCAGGUACGCUGGUGCUGCCAUGUGGAGUGCCAGACCUGCCUGAGAGAGGAGGAAGUGUACACAUGCAAAAAACACUGA